AUGUAUCCUAUCAGAAUGCUUGAAACCGAAGAAGCUCUUCGCAUCAGAGGCAGAAUAAUAAAAACAAUCCCAUGGAUGCAAGCUGGUUGUCUUUUGCAAUCAGUUGAGAAAGAUGAAGAAGCUCUUAAUAAAAUUGAUCAAUUGGCACAUCAGAUCAUGCCAGAUGUCCUCUCGAAGCCAUUAUGCAAACUUCAUGAUCAGAUAUAUGCUUGUUUGUAUUUUUACUUUUUGUACAUAAGUCCAACAAUCUAUGCUGCGUGCUUAGAUAAGACAACAGAAGAUUAUGUAAAGUAUUUGGAAUCUAUACCUGAUUAUAUAGAACCUUAUAUUGAAAAACUCAAAGACGACACGGAAUCAAUGAGUCGUUGGAGAAAUUUUUAUUCAUUUAUCAAAAAUCACUUUUCUAUAUGUGAUGGAAUAGCGAAGCGUUGCAAUGAGAGAAUACUUCAAAUGGAUCGAAUAUUUUAUGAAGAUUUUGUUUUAUUUCUUGAAUCUCUUGAUAACAUCUUUAAUCAAAUUAAAGAUUUAACAGUCAAAUAUUACAAGUACCUCGAUGAGCAUGAGACAGCAUUGAACUAUGAUAAAAUUUUUGAAUUGCCCAAAAAUCAAAUACAUGAUCCUCCAAAAUGCAGAGAAGAUUGCUAUAAAAAGUUAAACUAA